AGGGGCUUUGCUAUGACAAGACAUGAACCAGAUCGUCCCUGUGUGCGUGACUGGGCUGUGCCCACCCCUUGUUCUUUGUUGCAGAGAUGUAUAAAAGCAGACCUGAACUGCACUGUGCAGCUUUUUUUUGGCAUCACAUUCAAGUUCUCAGGCUCUCGUUAAGAAAGGCGCUCGAUUGAAAUCGGACACAGCGUAGAGAACCAGCUACUGCACUUGAUCGAAAGUUUUCACGAGCUUGAAGACCCGCUCGUACCCGGCACGACAACAGGGAAAGCUGUUAUUUCAUCCAAAGGCUAACUAGCUUCGUGUGAGCAGUCCUACCCCAUUGUGUAAACAGAUUUUUCAGAAAAAUGUCUCAAGUUGGAGACUUUGACAUUAAGCAGUGGGCAGCAGACAACAACCUAAGUCAAGAAACACUUCAAGGAUUAAUGGUAGAGGGCUAUGAUACUAUACAGACUUUAACUCUCCUAACCUCAGAAGAUGCCUUGCAAACAUUCAGAAGAGAACAACGACUUCCACUUGCAAAAGUCUCUCUUUUGAAAGAAGCUGUCCUGAAACUACAAGGAGAGCGCGACUCCAGAGUCAGAAGCAUCAGUGAAGACACAAGCUCACAAGACUCCUCAUUGUCACGUGAACACGAGGCUACAGCAGGGAGACGCCAUGACGAGGACGGACCCUCAUUUCAGGAAGCUAGAAUGUAUUUUGAAAGUGGCAAAGACCUAAAUGAGAAUGCAAGUUUACCAAAGAAAGUGACAUGCGAUGAAUCUGAGGACGAUGACCUGAAGGACUGGGCAGCAAGGUCUAAGCUCACUACAGACACAGUUCAAGCUCUCAGAACAGACGGUUUUACCUCUUUGGAACUGAUUAGGCUUCUGACUCCAGAUCAUAUUACCAACAUUCAAAAAGCACACAAUCUACCAUAUGCGCAGGUUUUAGCCCUUCUAAAUGCAGUUAAACAAUUACAGGAGGUUAGUUCUGCAGGUCAUGCACUCAACAAAAGCGAGUACAGUGAAAACACACUGGAAAAACAACCAAUGUUUAAUCGCAAACAAGGUCAGAAAAUUACUCCAACAAGUCUACCAGUGAAAGCACCAGAUGAGGAUGAGAUAAGCUGGCUGGCUGACACAAGUUCAGGGACAGAAGAAAUGGAACAAUGGGCACAAAGAGAAAAGCUUGCUCCUGGAACCCUGAGCAAACUGAGAGAACAGGGUUUUGAAUCCUUGGAAGAUCUCUUUUUUUUGACAUCAGGAGAAAUAAAUGAUAUGUGCCCUGAUCACCUUACAAAGGCACAAUGUUUGCGCCUGGUAAAGGCCGUGGAGAGACUAAACGUGGAGAAAUCCGCAGCCACUAUUAUGGGUAGUGACAAUUUUGAUCAUCAUCAAGUUCAAGCUAAAUCAUCUCAGAAAUAUGAAGAAAUGAAACAAUGGGCACACAGAGUAAACCUUCCUCUUGAAAUACUGAAAAUACUUGAUAAGGAUGGCUUUACAUCCUUGGAAGAUCUCUCUUUCCUGACAUCAGAAGAAAUAAAGCAGUACUCAGAUAAACAUUUGCUAACAAAGGCACAGUCUCUGCGUUUGGAUAAGGCCGUGAAGGGACUGAACAUGGAGAAUAGCCAAGCGAUGGCUUCAUUCACUGAAAAUGUCGAAAGUAACAAAGAGCGAUUUGAAGGUCUUCGACUCCUGCUGGUGGGUAAGACUGGGGUUGGUAAAAGCAAGACUGGGAACACGAUACUUGGCAAGAACAAAUUUCAGACCUCUGUGGGAUUCAGUUCUGAGACAUCAACGUGUCAAAUACACCAGGGCCUGGUCUUCGAUAUGAAAGUUGAGAUCACUGAUUCUCCAGGACUCUUUGACACAAAAGAAAGAGAUUAUACCUUUGCUGAGAAAGUUGUGCAGACAGUGGCUCUCAUGCAUCCCGGCGCUCACGCCUUUCUGUUCAUAUUAAGAAUUGGACGCUUCACAAAGGAAGAGGAGGGAACCUACAUGCGCCUCAAAGCGAUAUUUGAUGAACAAGUCACUAAGUACAUGGUCAUUGUGUUUACUGGAGGAGACAACCUGACUGCUAAUGGCGAGACUAUUGAGGACAUUAUCAGAGAAGCGCCUAAGGGACUAAAAGACAUUUUGCAUGCUUGUGGAAAAAGAUACAUUGUCUUUGACAACAUGGCAGCUGACAAAAAGCCGCAAGUGCGUCGUUUGCUUGACAUCGUGACAAGAAUGGUAAAAGAAAAUGACAACCAAUGCUAUGCCUGUCCAAAAUAUAUGUUGGUCAAAGAUAAAAUGGAGGAAGAAAUUCAGAACAGAAUGAUGGCAGUAGAAGAGAAAGAAAUUCAAAAUACACGCUACAUCAAGGAACUCGAGACAAAAACGAAAUUAUUGGAAGAAAUGGCCAAAAAAGCUAAGGAUGAUUUUGAGAAACGAGAAAAAGAGCGCGAGAAACAAGCUGCCGAUCUUGAACAAAAGGUAGAAAAACGAAUGCAGGUGUUGUUGGAACAAGCAGAGCAAAGCAGGAUGGGUGAUAAUGAGUUAGAAAAGCGAAUGAAAAUUCUUGAAAAAGAGAAAGAGGACAUGUUGAAUAAAUUAAAAAAGCAGCAAACUGAAGAUCGUAGGAAAAUGGAAGAAGAAGAGCAAAAACGAAUUAAACGCAGUGAAGCUGUCAUGGAAGAAAUGAGAAAGGCCCGAGAAGCAAAAGACAAGGCUUAUGAAGAAGAAAUGAGAAGAUUCAAAGAGAGCAUUGCGCAAAACGAGCAAAGAGGUGUCCUUGGUACAGUGACUGACGGCUUGUCGUGGAUUUGGAGUACUGUAACCAGUCCAUUUCGAACAAGGGUUAAUGGCUCAAGGGUCAACUGCAUUCAGGUUUUUAUAACCAUGUCCGUGGUUCUGAACCCUUGUGUCUAUGACAUCUGUGCACCUGGAGAAAACUGCGAAAUAGCCCUUUAUCCUCAGAGAGGAGUCACCUUUGACCUCUAUACCUGUAACUUUACUGUCGACGACGAAGAUCAGACACUUCGUUUUCUACUCGUCGGGAAAACUGGAUCCGGCAAAACUUCAACGGGAAACACAAUAUUUGGAGAAGAACUCUUUGACAGCGACUACAACUUUACCUCAGUCACUAGCACCUGGACUCUUCGCCGCAAAGAACGAAAUGGGAUGUUGAUUGAGGUCAUGGACUCGCCGGGUCUGUUCGACACCAGUAGGACAAACGAGGAGGUGGCGGCGGAUGUUGUUCAAGCCCUCGCCUGCUUGCACCCGGGUAUCACAGCCAUACUCUACGUCAUCAUGCUGGGUACCCGCUUUACUGAGGAGGACACUAAAGUGUACGAAAGGCUGAAGGCUUUGUUGGACCCCCGUGUAACAAAAUACAUGAUCAUUAUCUUCACACGUGGUGACGACCUGAACAAGAAAAAGAAGAGCAUUGAGUCCCUCCUAAUGGAGUCCCCUGAUAGUCUCCGCACGGUCCUGAGGGAGUGCGACAACCGCCACGUGGUGUUUGACAACAUGACUGACAACAACCAGUCGCAGGUGGAGCAGUUGCUGGAGGUGGUACACAAGAUGAGUCAGGCUCAUGGCGGGGAACCUUACACGUGUCCUAAGUACAGUGAGAUCGGUGAAAAGGUGGAGGAGGAAGUGGCGAGGAGAAUGCAAGAGGUGGAGGAGAGAGAGGUCAAGGACACUACGUACGGGCGAAAACUUGUGACGGAGACGAAGGAAAUACAAGAAAAGGCUGAGAGAGAAAAAAAAGAACUAGAGCAAAGGGAGAAGGAGAUGCAGGCACAGAUUGAGGAAACGCAAGUGGAAAUAGAGAAACAAAGAAAAGAAUUUAAAAGAAAGGAAAAGGUGAGAGAGGAACAAAGAAAGAAAAAAGAAAAGGAAAUCCAAGAGAAACUUAAGCAAAUAGAAGAGGAAGCGGAGAGACAAAGAAAAGAAUUUGAAAGAAAGGAAAAAGAGAAUGAUGAACAAAUUAGGAAGAAAGAUGAAGAAAUGCAAGCGAAAAUGAAGCAAAUGGAAGAAGAAGCGGAGAAACAAAAAUCUGAGUUUGAGACACAGGAAAUGGAGAGAAAAGAGCAAAUGAAACGCAAUGAGUUAGAAAGAGAGAAGCAACUGAAAUCCUUACAAGCUUCGUUAGACAAGCAGCAGCUCAGUGCUGAGAGGAUGGAGCAGGAAAUGAAGAAAUUUCGACAGGAAGCAGAAACUGCGAGAGAGAAAGAACGGAAAGAGAUGGAACAGCAGAGGGAAAGAGACAGACAAGCUCUAGAGAACAGACAGCAGCAGAUAAAGCAGACGACACAGCAGUACGAGGAACUCCUGAAGAAGGAACGGCAGGACAGAAAACUUCGGGAAGUUCAGUUUCAGGCGGAGAUGAUGAAGCUGGAGAAGGAUAGAAAAGAUCGAGAAAAUCAACAUCAGAGCGAGGUGAACAGAAUGGAGAACGAAAGAAAAGAACGUGAAAAUCGCUAUCAGACAGAUAUGAAGAAGCUGUAUAGUGUAGUAGAAAGUCAGAAAACAAGGAUGGAGAACCUGGAGAUGGAUAAAGCAGAGAUGGAGAGUCGGAUGCAGAGAAUGGCGAUAGAGAGAGAUAGAAUGGAGAGUCGUUAUGAACGGGAGCUGCGAGAGCUGCGGGAGCAGAUAGCCAGAGGGAAGCGUGGUUCAUGUGUUGUUCAAUGACCUGCCUUACCUCUGAGGUUAGGAUUUGUUGGUAACAACAACUAUCAGUACUUGGAGAACAGUAUCACACUCCUGAGGGAAUUCACACAACUAACGUGUGAAACAGUAUCGAGAAAAGCAGUCCGGUAUAAAAAUACAGGUACAAAUAUCCUCAAAUAUUUAUAAUCAGGGACCUUAUAGUAUAACAUUGUUUAAAUAUGAGAGCAGGCUGUCUGCCAUUUGGCGAUGUUUGAUGUUGAUGUUUGAUGUUUAAUCAGGAUUUUAUACAAAAGAUUGAACUGUGUAUAUACGGCUAUAUACCGGAGUCAUCUAUGAUAUGUUCAUGAUGGUUAGUAACAGUUUUGUUGGAAAAGAUUCGAGAGAUUCCUUAGAUCAGUGAUGCCCAACCUUUUUCGGCCUGCGGGCCAUAUCCAUUUCGGACAGCCGUGUCGCGGGCCACUUCACCGCAAAAAUAUAAAAAAGAAAAAAAAUAGAGCAGAUAC